AGUACACAUCAUGUAUUUUUAACAAGAAAAAUGUCAGAAUGUUCGACAUUUCCAUAAUAAUUCCUGUUUAUAAUGGUGAAAAAUGGAUAGACAACUGUAUGAAAUCGAUAGCCACGCAAACUAUUCAUAAAACUGAAACGAAAAUUGAAAUAGUUGUGCACGAUGAUGGGAGUUCGGAUAAUUCCCAAGAAUUACUGGAAAAUUGGUGUAAAUAUUUCUCUAGUCGUAAUGUGCCUUUUGUUAUUUCAAAAUCAGUAGUAUCCAAAGGCGUAGGAUCAGCUAAAAAUGCUGCGGUCGAGCGUUGUUCUGGAGAAUUUCUAUGCUUUCAAGACAUUGAUGAUGUUAUGCUACCAAAUAGAAUUUUGCUGCAAUACGAAGCCACGAAAUGCAAUCAUAAGGCUCUUACAGGAAGCAAAAUAUCUCGCCAACCCCUGAACUCUACACCUCGUCUGGUUCGAUGGGCAAACAACCUUACAAAGCCACAAUUAAAAUUACAAAUAUACACUUCAAAUGGUCCUACAUUACUGAUGCCCACUUGGUUUUGUCAUAGAUCUGUUUAUGAUAGAGUUGGUGGAUUUGUUGAAACUGGUAUUGGAACACCUGAAGAUUUGAUAUUCUUCAAUGCCCAUAUAGAUGCUGGUGGGGAUCUACAUAGAGUAGAUGAGACCCUAGUUAUUUAUACUUACCAUGAAAGUGCUGCUACAUUGUCUGUAAAAAGAGAAUGUAUCUGGAAAAUCCAAUUGAAUAGAUUGGAAAAACAUGUUUUGUCUAACUGGGAACAUUUUACAAUAUGGAAUGCUGGAAAAGCUGGAAGAAAAUUGGUACGAUCCUUGAACCCAGAAAAUUUGAAAAAAGUACAAAUGUUUUGUGAUGUUGAUGCUAACAAAAUUGGAAGAGUAAUAGAAUUUUACUCUCCAACUAAAAGAAAAGUAAUUGCAAAGUUACCUGUGAUACACUUCAGUGAUGCGAAACCACCUUUAUUAAUAUGUGUUAAAUUAGAUCUUACAAAUGGAGAGUUUGAACACAAUCUCAAAUCUUUGAAUCUCAUUGAAGGCACUGAUUAUGUUAUAUUUAGUUGACCUACUCUAGUAAGUACGAAUGAAAAGCUUGACUACAAAUAGAGCCUAACCAUAUUAC